AUGACCAGCCCGUCAUUUCAUCUCGUUGACUCUGCCGCCGAGGCGCCUAGUGCGCUCUGGCAAAUAGGAGCUAAUUUGUGUUCCGGUGUUGUGUCUUUAAUAUUGCCUACUUUGCUCCUUUACUUCUCUCUCUACGCGCUCGUCAAACAUCAGAUCAAGAAAUUCGAAGUUCUUUGCCUACUGGCAAGUAUUGGGUUCGUUGGAAGUAGUUGCUUGGUGGUGCUGGAGUGCAAUAUGGUUAGAAGCAUGCAGCUCUUUGUUGUUGCCAUCGGCGUGAUGAAAGCGCUAGACCUGUUCGUGCGGCGCCAUAACCCCCCGAAGUAUGCGUACAACCCGCAGCCUUCGUACAGUGUUCUUGCUCUUCUGUAUCUGACGGAGUUGCGGUACGAAUCUUUUACACCAAACCAUGCGCGUCUCGGCCCUGCACCAGCGCCCAGCCCCUCAAGGGUCAAAAAUGAAAGUAAUCAUCGCAACGGACGGGGAAGUUCCAACAAAUCGAAACAUUGGAAGCCGCAAUUUUCAGAACGGGUCAAUUUUGUCCUGCACGGACUAGCCUUUGCCACCCUGCAGACGUUAUUUCCGCAAUCGAACCCAACAGUGGUUGCAUUGGAAGUGCUUCUGGCCAUAUAUAUCCUUUGGGAAUCCAUACAACUUAUGCUCCGUUAUCACAAUAGCCCCCCACUCUUUGGACCUCUCUACACAGCAACAUCCCUCAGCACGUUCUGGAGCGAGACGUGGCACAGUGCAUUUGCCAGCCCCUGUCGCUCGCUCGCAUAUAACCCAAUACGAUCUAAUCUACCACAGAGAUAUGGCGUACCGGUUUCGAUAGCCAGAGCAAUUGGUGUGAUUGCAGCCUUUGGGAUGAUGGGAUUUUUUCAUGUGUAUGGCUUGAAGCCACUUUUGCCAUUCGAUGCCCUCGCGAGGAUCUACGCCUUCUUUCUUUUAAACGGGAUUGGGGCAGUGAUCGAGGAUGCGAUCUGGGGCAGGGAAACGCAUUGGGGGAAAACGAUUCUUGCUUGGGCCUUUGAGUUGAUUGUUGCUAGUUGGACGGUUGAGGGACUGUCGGUGCCACAAGGGUUGAAGCACAUCCGGUGGGCCAGUAUAUGCGAUGUUGGGGAAGUGUGA